UGCCAAGUAAGCCACAAGGCAAAUCGAGGGACGAGUUGUGGAAGAUGUCCUGCACUGCUGAGGUCCAGGCCGCCUUCAUCCUCUCCUCCUUUGUGACCUUCUUCCUGGGGCUCAUCAUCUUAUUUAUUUGCAGAUUGAUGUGGAGAGCCUUAAAGAGAUGGAGAAACAUCAAGGGCACAGGAAUUUUCUUGGAACUGAUCUCAUCAGGGACCAUCCGCAACAACCCUUUAGAAAGCCUCCACUUCCAUGGGUUAUUUCGAAACCGCAUAGAAAUGUUGCUUUCAGCACAGACUUUCGUGGGUCAAGUGUUGGUGAUCCUUGUCUUUGUACUAAGCAUCGGAUCUCUUAUCAUCUAUUUCAUCAAUUCUACUGACCCUGUUGGAAGCUGUUCUUCAUAUGAAGACAAAACCAUCCCUAUCGAUUUGAUUUUCAACACAUUCUUUGCUUUCUACUUUGGGUUGAGAUUCGUGGCAGCCGAUGACAAGAUCAAGUUCUGGUUGGAGAUGAAUUCAAUUGUAGACAUCUUUACCAUCCCACCAACUUUUGUCUCAUUUUACUUGAAGAGUAACUGGCUGGGUUUAAGGUUUCUAAGAGCAUUGCGGCUGUUAGAACUCCCUCAAAUCUUGCAAAUUCUUCAAGUCAUGAAGACCAGUAAUUCUGUGAAGUUUUCCAAACUGUUGGCCAUAGUCCUUAGUACCUGGUUCACUGCUGCGGGAUUCAUCCACCUGGUGGAAAAUUCUGGUGAUCCCUGGCUCAAAGGUAAAAAUUCCCAGAACAUCACAUACUUUGAGUGCAUUUACCUGGUCAUGGCAACAACAUCAACCGUUGGCUUCGGAGACGUGGUGGCCAAGACAUCCCUCGGGCGGACUUUCAUCAUUUUCUUCACCCUAGGGAGUUUGAUACUAUUUGCAAACUAUGUCCCUGAAAUGGUGGAACUUUUUGCAAACAAGAGGAAAUACACCAGCCCCUAUGAAGUGGUCAAAGGUAAAAAGUUCAUCGUGGUCUGUGGAAACAUCACCGUUGACAGCGUGACAGCUUUCCUUAGGAAUUUUCUCCGCCACAGGUCAGGCGAAAUCAACACUGAGAUCGUUUUCCUGGGAGAAAUGCCUCCUUCCUUGGAACUAGAAACCUUGUUUAAAUGCUACUUGGCCUAUACAACAUUUGUUUCGGGAUCUGCACUGAAGUGGGAGGAUCUGAAGCGGGCUGCGGUGGACUCUGCAGAAGCGUGCCUGAUUAUUGCCAACCCUCUAUGCAGUGACUCACAUGCUGAAGACACUGCAAACAUCAUGAGGGCACUCUCUAUCAAAAACUACUACCCCAGGGCCAGAGUCAUCAUACAGAUACUCCUAUCCCAUAACAAGGUUUAUCUGCCAAAGAUUCCCAGCUGGGACUGGAGUGCUGGAGACAACAUCAUCUGCUUUGCUGAAUUAAAGCUUGGAUUUAUCGCCCAAGGCUGCCUGGUGCCAGGCUUGUGCACCUUUCUAACGUCUCUAUUUGUUGAGCAAAACAGAAAGGUCUUUCCCAAACAGCCAUGGCAAAAAUAUUUCCUGAACGGCCUGAAGAACAAGAUUCUGACUCAGCGUCUCUCUAAUGAUUUUGCUGGGAUGUGUUUUCCUGAAGUCUCCCGGAUCUGCUUCGUGAAGAUGAACCUCAUGCUGAUAGCCAUCCAAUACGACUCCCUCUUUACCAGUGGUUACAGUGGUCUGAUUCUAAAUCCACCUGCACAUGUUAAGCUGCAUAAGAACACCUUGGGGUUCUUCAUUGCUGAAUCUCCAAAGGAAGUAAGAAGAGCCGCCUUCUACUGCUACCUCUGCCACCACAACGUGCACAAUCCUGAGCUCAUUGAAAAGUGCUGCUGCAGCAAAGUCAAGACCCGCCAGCACUCCGCAGGGUCAUCAGUGAGGAUCUUGAAGAACACCAUUAAGCACUUCAAAUCUAGAACAGUAAAGCGGAACAUUUUCCCAGUGGAGAUGGAAAACAAGACUAGCACCUUGACCUUAAACACCAGGGAUUUACUGAAUGACACAGAGCAAGAUUCCCAUCUUCUUGAUAGCAGCGGCUUGUUUCACUGGUCCAAAUCAACCCCUUUGGAAAAAGCAAUUCUGAAACGAACUGACAAACCAAAGUUUCGGAACCACAUCGUAGCAUGCAUAUUUGGAGAUGCCCACUCAACCCUGAUGGGGCUUCGGAAUUUUGUAAUGCCCCUGAGAGCUAGCAACUAUUCCCUGCAGGAACUGAAGGACAUUGUGUUCAUUGGGUCUCUGGAUUACUUGCAGAAAGAAUGGCGUUUUCUUCGGAAUUUUCCCCGGAUAUUCAUUCUGCCUGGUUCUGCACUCUACUUGGGAGACCUCCAGGCAGUCAACAUAGAAGAGUGUGCCAUGUGCGCUGUCUUAUCACCCCCAUCCAAGCCAUCAAGCAGCCCAACUCUGGUGGACACAGAGGCCAUCUUGGCCACUCUCAACAUCAGGUCACUGUGGAUUAGCCCUUCUGCCCAGAGACCUUCAGUUCUAGAGGAUGUUUCACAGUUCCUGGGUGGACAUCCUGAGACAUCAAAAUACCGAAGAAUCCCUAUCCUCACUGAGCUGAAGAACCCUUCCAACAUUCACUUUAUUGAACAGCUUGGUGGACUGGAAGAGAGCCUCCCAGGAACAAAUCUGCACCUCAGCACUUCCUUCUCCACAGGUGCGGUCUUUUCCAGCACUUUCAUGGAUUCCCUACUGGCCACCGCCUUUUAUAACUACCAUGUCCUGGAGUUACUUCAGAUGCUGGUGACUGGAGGGGUAAGUUCCCAGCUGGAGCACCAUCUGGAUAAGGAAAAGGUCGAAAUGCCUGAAAGCUGCACUACAUCCUUGUGUGGAAGGACACGGUGUAAGAUGGGACUGCUGGCCUUACACAAACCCAUGUUGUCAGAUGUCAAACCAAAAGACACUUUCGGACAACUGUUCUGUGGCUCCUUAGAUAGUUUUGGAGUUCUGUGUGUUGGUUUAUACCGCAUGAUAGCUGAAGAGGAGUUCAACCCAGAACACAGAAGGUUUGUGAUUACCCGGCCAGCCAAUGAGUUUAAGCUACUGUCCUCGGAUCUUGUGUUUUGUGCCAUACCUAUCAGCACUAUUCUUUCCCAAAAAAGCAUACCGUCUUCAUGCCAGUAUCCAAAUGAAAUUAUAAAUAUAAUGCCAUUGACACCGGAGACACCAGGGACACCAGAGAUACUAGAGACACAGCCGAAUGUAAAUUCUUCUCCCACAAUGGACACAGUUGUGAACAUAGCAGAAACAUUGAAUUCAUCCACUCAGCCUCUGGAUUUAAUAAGUAACCCGUCUGUAUUUAAACAAUCACCAAAUUCGAGUAAGCUGUCCUUCCAGACACAAUCUGGUCAAUAUGGUGUAAAAGAAAAUGGAAAGGAAACAUAGCGGAAUUCAUGGAGGAUGCUUCUGCACUUUCAAAGCCAAACUAGACCUGCUGAUACUAUCUCUAGUUACAAGGCAUCUCCAUAGACACUGACUUUGAACAAGGAAAUAAAAAUGGAGCCAUGCCAGUUUUGUGCCUACUGCUUAGUAGUUGAUCAGCAAGCCCAUGCUGUUUUGGAAAAAACAAAAGUCUAAUUUAAUCCUACUGGACCUGGUGUGAUAAAUAAAGAAAUGUAUGACAAAUGCCUCUGUCAGGCAAGUUCAUUGCUCCGUUUCCCUC